UAUCGUCAUUGACGUGUUUGUCAAACUGUUCCGCACGAAUUUGAUCAAAUCUCGAAUAAUCUGCCAGAUCUGCCGCGUGGAUUCGUUGGAAAUGCAUUAAUACACAAAUAAGAGAAAUAUUUGUACGGGACAGUUAAUCGCGCGACCGCAGCGAGGCGCCAGUGUGCCUGAUUCGCACGGUGCCCGCCAGAUUCCAGAAGCAGAACCGUCCAACACCGUCAGAACACUCAGAACUCGGAACCCACCGCAGUGGCUGGCGGCUGCCACUCGAGACUCGAGAGCAGUGCCGAGACUGCCGAGAGUGCCAGUACAGCCAGCCAGUCGAUCGUGUCGAUUCGAGUCAUACACGCGAUUUGUUGAUUGUGCGGAUCCGCCGCUUUCGCGCUUGAAAUUUGAAUGUGAUCUCGACGAUAGUCAAAAGUGUAUGCGUGUACGCGUAAGGAAUUUCACUUUCUCACGGUGCUUUGGACGAGAAUCGAAAGAGACGGGAUGUAAUUAUAGACGAAGAGAUUAAAGGUACGAAAGGUGCGCGCGUGUAGCGUCGUCGUCGUCUUCGUUGCGUCGUGCUCAGGUCGUUGCACUUCCGACCGCGUGCUCUACGUGCUCUACGUGCUCUACGUGCUGUAUGUGCUCCGCGACCUUUGCACCUCGUCUAUUUCUCGGCGCGAACGCGAGCGAUGUCCGAUCGUAACGGGGAGUAUGGUGAAGAAGGCGGGAUUGGCGGGAAGCCUUCACGAAGCGAAUAUCGUCUUUUCGCCGGGAAGACGGAAAGGAGCAAGUAAAGGCGCGGCAACUCGCGACUGUGGGUGACCGGGUGACCGAGAAUGAUCUUCACCGGCAGAUCGGUAGACGGUCUCGACGAGGUACGAGGCGGCAGUGGUGCGAGUGGUAUUCAGCAGGACGGUGCCGGUGGACGCAGAGACGUGAGCGCCGUCGCUAUCGCUGCCGGAUGGUUCUCCAGUUUGCGGAGACCCGGCAAGAGGAAGAAGAGUUAUCAGAAGCAAGCUAAGAGUGCCUGGGACCUCACCGUAUUAUCCACCACGCAAUUAAAAGAUGAAUUGGGCGAAGUUGUGGCAGAAAUGGAGGCGAUGGAGGGCGGCGGACUUACGGCCGACGAGACUAAACCGUCCAACAAAACUAAGCAGACGUCGAUCGGUCGGAAAAAGUUCAAUAUGGAUCCUAAGAAGGGUAUCGAGUACCUGAUAGAGCACAACCUCUUAACACCGACGCCCGAGGACGUUGCUCAGUUUCUCUACAAGGGCGAGGGCCUUAAUAAAACUGCGAUCGGUGACUAUCUCGGUGAACGACAUGACUUCAAUGAACGCGUGCUGCGAGCCUUCGUCGAGUUGCACGACUUUACCGAUCUCAUAUUGGUACAAGCCCUACGUCAAUUUCUCUGGUCGUUCCGACUGCCCGGCGAAGCACAAAAAAUCGAUCGCAUGAUGGAGUGUUUCGCUCAAAGGUACUGCCAGCUAAACCCAAAUAUCUUCACCAAUACGGAUACUUGCUACGUGCUGAGCUUCGCCAUCAUCAUGUUGAAUACUUCAUUGCACAAUCCGAGCGUUAAAGAUAAGCCCAGCGUAGAUCAAUUUAUUUCGAUGAAUCGAGGAAUUAACAAUGGUGGUGAUCUGCCGCGGGAACUGCUUGUGAGUUUAUACGAGAGUAUAAAAACCGAGCCUUUCAAAAUACCAGAAGACGAUGGCAACGACUUGAUGCACACCUUCUUCAAUCCUGAUAAAGAAGGCUGGUUGUGGAAACAAGGCGGACGUUACAAGAGUUGGAAGAGGCGAUGGUUCAUAUUGAACGAUAAUUGUUUAUACUAUUUCGAGUAUACAACAGACAAGGAACCACGCGGUAUCAUUCCGCUAGAGAAUAUUCAAGUUCGAGAGAUUCAAGACCGGCAUAAACCUCACUGUUUCGAAUUGUAUGCUGCUGGUUCCGAGUUUAUAAAAGCAUGCAAGACUGAUAGCGAAGGAAAAGUCGUCGAAGGGAAACAUACGGUGUACCGAAUGUCUGCAGCUACCGAUGAAGAAAAGGAUGAAUGGAUCAAAUGCGUGCGACAAAGUAUAUCGCACAAUCCUUUCUACGAUAUGCUGGCAGCACGAAAGAAGAAGGCACAAAAAACAAAUGUACACUCAAAAAGUUAAAUGCUGCCACGAGCCGAGUUUCGAGAGAAAUUCGGCGGAUGAGAAGACUGUUUAUUCGCGAUCCACGUAUGGUAUCGUUGAAUAUAACCAAAUUAUUGAUAACGAAAAUUCAUCGAGAAAGAAAAUGCCGAAAGUGUUAUGGAUUAUGCUAGACAGUAGUUAUCAGGCAAUGGUGCCGUGAUUAUUAAACGCUCUGUGUCUGUACAUAUAGAACGAAUUCUAAUGCCAUAUAGCAUUACUGUGGCAUCGUAAAUCGAAUACGAAAUAUAGAAUCGGCGUAGUGUAAGAUGGAUACUUAGACGAACAUUAUAUUAAUGAUUACAGUAUGAUUACGUCGUCACAACAUGAUGCGAUGCCUGAUUGACAUCAGUGUAAAAAGAAUCUUGCGCUAGAGAGGCUUAUUUCCAUUAAUUUAAUGGAUAAAUUGCCUCUAUAUUCUUUCUGUAAAAGAGAAUGAUGCAGAUAUGAUUUUGCAUACAUUAGAAAUUGAAAUUUUGACUGUAAAUUGGGUAAAUGAUAACUAUAUCGUAUUGACAUCAAAGUAAUAUGUGAGCAAGGAAAUAUCGGCUUAUUUCACUUUUCGUAUAUUGCUAAAAAGAAGUCAAUAAUCUUCAAAAUUGUCCUGAUAAAAGCACAAAAUAGACGUUUUCAAUAUCCUUAUAAUGUCACAUCUGGCAAUAUAUUAUGUAAAAAUAACUUGUGUAGGAAGCUAUAGCGGAGAAAACGGAACAUUCUUAUUUUCCGGCAGCUUUGAGACACCAUUGACGCUCUACGUUAUUUCAGGAAGGUAAUAUUUAAGGUAUUUUGUAUAAAAUAUAAGUUCUAUCAUCCUGUAUCGUGCAAAUAAAAGAUAAGCCGUGAUUUCCAAUUAUAUAUAAAAAAAGGCAUAAAGCCGAGGAUAACUUCAUGUGAUAAUUAUUCGUAUGUAUUUAUUUAAACAAAUAUGUACAAAAUAAAACUAAAUGAUAUGUUUUCUGAGCAUGAGACAACAUUAUUUUGGAUUAGUCAUGCUUGUACAAUUUAUAUAUAUAUUGUAUAUAUAGAGCAUGAUUAACCUGCGACUUAUAACAAUGUUCGUUUAAUUAAAGGUUAUACUGUAUAAGUACAUAUAGUCUAAAAACGGACACAGACGCACAUAAACUGCGUACAUUUUUGCAUAAAAAAUUCAGUGUAGUGAUUAAUACACAUAGGAUACGGUCAAAAUCUCACUAUAAGUGCUUAGAAAUAUUUGAUUGACCAAUUACAGGAAAGAAUUUUACGAAUUGACUAAUCAAAGAAUUCAAAACAUUUGUGGCAUUACGUUGACCGUAUUCAUAGUAAACGUCUUGGUGAGAUCUGGUGGGAACCUGCAACUCCAUUAGUCUUUACUGCUCUCCUUCCCCCUCCCACUCUCCCCCUCC